AUGACUAAAAUAUCUUCUAUUGAUAAUAAUAAUCCCGUUUUUAAUCCUGUCAAAUUCAUUCAACGGGAACGUGAAGCUUCGAAACUAAAUAUCGAUCAAAUUAAUACUUUUUUAGAAUCUACAUCCGAAAGACGUGAUUUAACUCAUAGAUUAAUAAAUGAAAUUACUAAUGAUAGAAUCUUAGAGACUGAUUCAUCUUAUUAUGAUUUAAAUAAAUCACAACAGCGUGAAAUAACUGCUAAUAAAAUUGCAAGGUUAGCAUUAUAUAUGGAACAUGAUAUUAAAACAGCACGUAAUAAUUUUGAAAAUAAAAAUUUAAUUCAAGAUUUACAAAAAAAUAAUGGUAAAGAGCCAUUGUUAUCAAGUUCAGAUUUUACAAUUUUUGAUAAAAGACUUUCUUUAAUUGCUAAUAUUGAUCCACAAUUAAGUACACGUGUUGGUGUACAUUUAGGAUUAUUUGGUAAUUGUAUUAAAGGUAAUGGUACAGAUGAACAAAUUACAUAUUGGUUACAAGAACGUGGUGCUUCGAUGAUACGUGGUAUUUAUGGUUGUUUUGCAAUGACUGAAUUAGGUCAUGGUUCUAAUGUUGGUCAAUUACAAACCACUGCAAUUUUUAAUGAAUCUAAUAACACUUUUACAAUUAAUACUCCAAAUUUAACAGCAACAAAAUGGUGGAUUGGUGGUGCUGCUCAUUCUGCUACUCAUUCUGUUGUCUAUGCAAGACUUAUUGUUAAAGGUAAAGAUUAUGGUGUUAAGACAUUUGUUGUUCCAUUGAGAAAUACAAAAACAUUUCAGUUAGAAACAGGUGUAGUUAUUGGUGACAUUGGAGCUAAAAUGGGAAGAGAUGGUAUCGAUAAUGGUUGGAUUCAAUUUAAUAAUGUUAUAAUUCCAAAAGAAAAUUUGCUUUGUAGAUUUAUUCAAUUAACUAAUCAAGGUAAUGGUGAUGUUACAGUUAAAGUACAACCACAAUUGGAUCAAAUUUCAGGUUACAGUGCUUUAUUAAGUGGUCGUGUCAAUAUGGUUAUGGAUUCAUUUAGAUUUGGUUCAAAAUUUGCUACAAUUGCCACUAGAUAUGCCGUUGGAAGACAACAAUUUGCUUCAAAUAAAGAUGGUAAAAAUUCAAAUCAAGAAGAAGUUCAAUUGAUUAAUUAUCCCCUACAUCAGUAUAGGAUUAUUCCUCAAUUAGCACUUGUAUAUUUAAUUUCUCCUGUGGCAUUUAAAUUGAUGGAUACCUAUUAUGAAACUUUAGAUGAAUUAUAUCGUGUAUCAACAGCUAAGGAUAAUAAUGCUUUAGUUACUGUUAGUGCCAAAUUAAAGAAUUUAUUCAUUUCAAGUGCAAGUUUAAAGGCAACUAAUACAUGGUUUGUUGCUCAAUUAAUUGAUGAAUUAAGGCAAACUUGUGGUGGUCAUGGUUAUUCUCAAUAUAAUGCAUUUGGUAAAGGUUAUAAUGAUUGGGUAGUUCAAUGUACAUGGGAAGGUGAUAAUACUGUACUUUCUUUAACCUCGGCUAAAUCAAUUUUAAAGAAAUUUGGUGAUGCUGCCCAAAAGGGUAAAUUUGAUUCAAAGCUUGAUGGUGAUGAAUUUGGUUAUUUGGAUCCAAGUUUUAUUGCUGAAGUUUAUACUAAUCAAGUUACAGCAGAUAUUAGUGAUGAUUCUAAUUUAGAAAGUUUUAUUCAAGUUUGGGCAAUUUUAUUAGUUAAAUCACUUGUACACAUUGGUAAAGCAUUGAAAAAAAAUAAUGAUAUUGAUAGUUUAUCAAAAUUAUUAGUUCAAAUUUCAAGAUUUCAUGCAAUUUAUUUAAUGUUGAAAACAUUCCAUGAAAAAUUAGAAAAUGAUAAAGAAUCACAUAUUACUGAUGAAGUUACAAAAGCUACCAUGUGGAAUAUUUUCCGUUUAUUUUCUGUCUAUUAUAUUGACAAAUAUUCUGGUGAAUUCUUACAACUAAAAUUGUUUAAAGCAGAUGAUAUCUCUAAUGUGAUUCAGCCAAAAUUAUUUAAAUUGAUGGCAAUAAUUAGAACUGAUUGUAUAGCCUUAGCUGAUGCUUUUGAAUUACCAGAUAAUAUGUUGAAUGCUCCAAUUGGAUUCUUCGAUGGAGAUAUCUAUCAUAAUUACUUUAAUGAAGUCACUAAAAAUAACCCUCAAGAAACUAAUGGUGCUGGUAUACCACCUUAUUAUAUGGCGUUGACGUCUAUGCUUUCCAGAGAAUAA